CUCAAAGCAAAGCUCCUCACCACCAUUCAUAGCAUUCGCCAUAUCCAUAGCUUCUUUCUUGUUGUUGCUUCUUCGUAAGGAAAAAUAUAUACAUAUAUACGCUACUUUCUAAGUGGGGAGAUAUAUGGAGCAGAGAAAGGGGGCAGAGAAAAGGGUCGUCGACGCUGGGGAUCAGGAGAAAUGGGUUUAUGAUUCUUCUAUGGAUCAUAAAGGACGAGUUCCUCUUCGAGCUUCUACUGGUGUUUGGAAAGCCUCCAGGUUUAUCAUUGCAAUCGAGUUCAGUGAGAGGCUGAGUUACUUUGGAAUUGCAACCAGCUUAAUCCUUUACCUCAGCAAGGUGAUUCAUCAAGAUCUUAAGACAGCAGCCAGGAACGUUAACUACUGGUCCGGUGUUACUACUUUGAUGCCACUGUUGGGAGGGUUCAUGGCUGAUGCUUACUUGGGCAGAUUCUCAACAGUGCUCAUCUCAACCAUCAUCUACCUCAUGGGUUUGAUUCUCCUGACGAUGUCCUGGUUCGUACCAGGCCUCAAGGCUUGUGAGUCGACUGAAAUUUGCACCGAACCGAGGAAGGUUCACGAGGUGGUCUUUUUCCUAGCCAUUUACUUGAUCUCUGUAGGAACUGGUGGGCAUAAGCCCGCUCUUGAGAGUUUUGGAGCUGACCAGUUUGAUGAAGAUCACGGCCAAGAAAGAAAACAGAAGAUGUCGUAUUUCAACUGGUGGAACUUUGCCCUUUGUUCUGGGCUCCUCUUUGGUGUCACUGUGGUUGUUUAUGUGCAAGACCAUGUGAACUGGGGUGUUUCGUAUAUUAUUCUCACAGCAGUCAUGGCAGUGUCGCUGGUUAUUUUCGCCAUUGGAAGGCCAUUUUACCGUUACAGGACAGCAACAGGGAGCCCCUUGACACCGUUGCUGCAAGUUCUUGUCGCAGCCAUUCGGAAGAGAAAUCUUCCUCACCCUUCCACUCCUGAUCAGUUGUAUGAAAUUCCCAAAACGGAGAAAACCCUAGGGAGGCUUCUGUGCCACACAAAGAAACUCAAAUUUCUAGACAAAGCGGCCAUCCUUGAAGACAAGAAUAAUCCGGCGGCUGAGAAGCAAAAUCUCUGGAGACUUGCAACCGUAACCAAGGUGGAGGAACUGAAGCUUGUUCUCAACGUGAUCCCCAUAUGGGUUGCUACUCUGCCAUUCGGCAUAUGCAUAGCACAAAGCACCACAUUCUUCAUCAAACAGAGUGUCACUAUGAACAGAAAGAUCGGAAAUGGUUUUGUGAUUCCCCCGGCCUCCAUCUACAGUCUUGCCGCCAUAGGAAUGAUAAUCUCCGUGACCAUUUACGAGAAAUUCCUCGUCCCAAUAUUACGAAACACAACUGGAAAUGAAAGAGGCCUCAAUCUCCUGAAGAGGAUUGGUAUUGGAAUGUCGUUUACAAUCGUUACAAUGGUGAUUGCAGCCAGUGUUGAGAGGAAAAGACUUGGCGCAGUGGAGAAUGCUCCCAAAAAUGGUGCUCUUUCAAUGAGUGUUUUCUGGUUGGCUCCACAGUAUCUCAUCAUCGGCUUCGGAGAUGGGUUUGCUCUGGUGGGCUUACAGGAGUACUUUUACGACCAAGUUCCGGAUUCCAUGAGAAGCUUAGGCAUUGCGCUUUACCUUAGCGUGAUAGGAGCUUCAAACUUCCUCAGUAGUUGGUUGAUAACUGCUGUUGACCGCGUAACAAGGACGGGGGAUAGCCAUGGUUGGUUCGGUAAAGAUUUGAACUCUAGCCGCUUGGACAAAUUCUAUUGGCUGUUGGCGGCCAUAGCCGCCGUGAACAUGUUCUUUUACGUGUUCUUGGCUCGAAGGUAUACUUACAAGAAUGUACAGAGGGUGGCUGUUGCAGACUGCAAUGAAGGCGAUGAUGAUCAUGUCGGUAUGGUUUAGAGUACUGAUGAUGGAAUAGUACUACUAUUCCUGCUUUAGUACAGUGUGUCUAAAUAACUAAAUUAUCAAAUUCAGAAAUUUGAAGUGUUCUAGGAAAUGCAAUAUUUCUGAUUCAAGUCUGUCUAAGCAUGUGUUUCAGUUGUUGAAAAUUUUCCUAUAUAAUUAAUUAAUACAAAUUAACGUUCA